ACUGAAGGAAAGAAAAAACAGAGAAACACAAAACUGAACCCAAAUCUUCUUCUCCACCCACUGCUUGAAUCUGCACUUUUGGGCCUUUCUUCCAUUCUCGCAAGCGAACUCCUUCACGGCUCUGCCAUGUUCGCGUUAUCUAGAAGCUUUAUUUCGCGUCUGCAACGUUUCGCCAUCGAUUCACCCUCGCCGCUCCGAUUUCUUAGUUCCGAUGCAGCAGCGAUUCAGACUCGGAUUAUUGAUCCAAAACCCGGUUUGAUGACCCCUGAUUCCAAGCGAACUGGGCUUAUAGCGGUAAAGUGUGGAAUGAGCGCUCUUUGGGAUAAAUGGGGUGCUAGAAUCCCAAUCACCGUGCUUUGGGUGGAUGAUAACAUUGUGUCUCAGGUUAAGACCCCAGAGAAAGAAGGUUUUUGUUCUCUCCAGAUUGGUUGUGGACAGAAGAAGGAAAAACAUUUGACCAAGCCUGAAGUUGGUCAUUUUAGGGCGCAAGGAGUUCCACUGAAGAGAAAGCUUAAGGAGUUUCCAGUGACAGAGGAUGCACUACUUCCUGUUGGAACAUCACUUAAUGUUCGCCAUUUUGUUCCCGGCCAGUAUGUUGAUAUCACGGGAAUAACCAAAGGAAAAGGUUUUCAGGGUGCGAUGAAGCGGCAUGGAUUUAAGGGAAUGCCAGCAUCCCAUGGUGCUUCAUUGUCCCAUCGAAGCCUUGGUUCUACUGGUCAUUUAACUAGUUCUGGAAGGGUUUUUAAAGGUAAAAAGAUGCCUGGGCGAAUGGGUGGAGAUCAAAGAACAGUUAAAAAUGUAUGGGUCUACAAGAUUGAUCCAGCAAGGAAUUUGAUGUGGGUGAAAGGCCAGGUUCCAGGAGCUACAGGGAACUUUGUUUUUAUAAAAGAUGCUGUAUACGAAAAACCUGACAUAUCUCUACUUCCUUUCCCAACUUACUUUGCACCAGAAGACGAAGAUACUGAUAAUUUGAAACCAUUGGUUGCUGAGCUAGGGGAUGUGGAUCCAUUUAUCGUUACUGAUUAAAGACCUGGUUGUUUUGAUAGGUUCACUUCUGCAUUCAUGUUUUCUCAGUUAUAUAGAUUGUAAAAUGAGAUUUUUUAGGAACCUUUUACCUCUCUUUUUGACCAAAUCUAAAUUAGAUUGGGCAAAGCAUGGUUGUCUUGCAAUGCUACAAAUAAUGGAGAAGUAAUAGAAAAUGAGUAUGAAGAUGGGACAUGAUUUGAAUCUUCUUUUGCGUAUUUUUCAUGUUUAUACGACUAUGAAUUCUGUGUUUCA